CACAUCCAUUAUGGUAGAAUGUUGUGAGAAAUCAUAACCUUAUUCUCAAUUUGUGAAGCUGUAGGAAUGCAAGAUCAAGUCGAACAAUGGCUGGAGUCAUUUUUGUGUUCUGAGUUUACAGGCGUAUUUAGAAAUUUCGGACUUCGAACACUUCAAUCGGUUUGUCACCUCCAAGCUAAUCACCUCCAGUUGAUGUGCAUUCCACAGAAGAGCUGGCCUGUUAUUCUUCACAAUGUGCAGCUUCUAAGACAGUCUCUUGGUGGAUGUCAGGAGUUGCCAUCAUCCUACAACCAGCAAGGCCCCUGUGACAACUUGAUGCAUGUAAAUCAAGGCAUUGAGCAUCCUAACAGAAGCAUGCAGCAUCAGGUAGAGAGAAACACGGACACCGAUGCCAGCUAUCAUGAUGAAGCGGCUUCUAUGAUGAGUUCACAGUCUCCAUACAGACUUUGCCAACAGCAGAACAUCAACAGUGGCUUCCCUCAGCAAGGCUUUUCCUACUCAGCACUAACACCUGGCCCUGGUGGUCAACAGUUUAACAUGGGGUCAAUGGCGGCCACAGGAAAUUCACAGUACCGCUUCCCUGGUCAAGUGCCUGGAUCACCAACAAGGUCACUUUCUUCAGUUCGGAACCCCCAUCCUCAUCUGAGAAGCUCCGUUCAAAAUCCUCAGGAUGUUGCCAACAAUAUCCUCCAUAUGGCAAACUCAUCAUAUCCAACAAACCAUAAUGUGCAAAUUCCAUUAUCCCAGGCAAGGUCGGGACAUUAUAACGUUCAGCAACCUUCAUCGCAGUACGGUUCCAUGCAGCAACAGCAGCAAGAUAGCUGUAGACAAAUGACUGGUGAUUCUGGUCAGUUCACUUACGCCAAUACAUCCCCACACAUGGCGGGUCGGGAGUUUGGCAUGUCCUUGCACAUGCAGCGGGAGGUUGGCAUGUCACCUGUGAGCCCUGCUCCAGGAGGAAUGAUGCACAGUCCACAUUCUCAACGUAGCUCGCACAGUGUCACAGGUGCAAGCCCAUGUUCAAUGCACAGCCCAGGGAUGGGGAAUGUUCAGUCUCCUAUACCGGACAUGGUUCAAGACCAGUGGAGAAUGUCCAUGCAGACACACCAACAAACCAUGGACUCCAUGCAGCAAGGGAUGUUUGGGCACCACACACCAAACCAUGGCCAACAUAGAGCUCAACAGGGCCAUGACGUUGUUCCUUCCCCUCCCACCCAGGGCCAAUAUAGAGCUCACCAAGGUCAUAACAUGGUUCCCUCUCCUACCACACAGGGCCAACAUCGAACUCAACAGGGACAUGACAUGGUGCCAUCCCCUCCCACCCAGGGCCAACUAAGAGCUCACCAGCGCCAUGAAGUUAUUCCCUCCCCUCCCACCCAGGGCCAAUAUAGAGCUCACCAGGGUCAUAACAUGGUUCCCUCACCUACCACACAAGGCCAACAUCGAACUCAACAGGGCCAUAACAUGGUGCCGUCCCCUACCACCCAGGGUCAACAAAGAGCUCACCAGGGCCUUAACAUGAUUGCUUCUCCUCCCUCCCACCAGCUUCAAGUAUCGGUCUCAUCUCCUAGCCAGCCUGUACAGUGUUAUAGCAGAGACGUUGUUAAUCAGUUUGGUGUUGGCUAUGGUCAGUACCCAAGUUCACAGUAUUCAAGCUCACAAUCUCAAGCUCACAUGCAGUUUUCACCAAGUGCAGUGCAUUCUCCAGCUAGCCAGCGAAGCAAUCCUUCACCAUAUUCUCAACAUUGUUCUCCAGUGUAUAACAUUCCCUACCAGAACUGUACAAACAAUAGUCCUACACCAAACAAACCAGCAUGUAUGUCUUCCAAACAGUUGACUCAAGAAUUGUCACAAAAGCCUGCCCCUAAACCAGCCAGCAACCCUGAUGGCCCAUUACAGUCACUACAAAGGUUUUGUCAGAUGCCUGAAAAACAUGUAAAACAGGCUAAAAAGUCUGGGAAAUCUAAAACUCAGACUGCUGGUAAAGCAAGUCCUAGUAAAUCUCCAUCUGGUGCAUAUCUGACAUUUGAUAAACCAUCUGGCAUACAGACAACAAUGCCUGAACAUGAAGCAUCUAACAUGGAUACUUUAAGUGACAAUAAAGCGCUAGAUCAUUUUAAUACAUCACAGGAUAACCCGGAAAAUAUAUUUAAAGAAACCCCUGAAAGUAUGAAAACUACCUCAUCUAGUAAAUCUGCUAUAUGUCAAGGUGUUGAAGCAAGUCCAUCUAAAAAACGUAAGCUAGAAGAUAGUGAAAUGUGUUGUCAGCCAAAAAAGAUGAUUUUAAUGAGAGUAGCUAAAGAUGAUCUUGAACAGUCAAAGUGGAAUUCUGAUCCAGGUCAUAACCCAGAAACCAGGUAUGAGUGUAACAGUGAACAGGCAGUAGACAAUCAUUCUAUACCAUUACAUAAUACAAACACUGACACCAGAAAUGACACCUUUGCAGCAGAUAGUGAGCACAACAUUUCCGAUUGCCAAACAGAUAAAGAGCAAAAUGGAUCUGAAAAAGACACAAAUGUGAUUUAUGAAAAUGAGCACUCUACUGAAGGUGAUACAGAACAAGAGGCUUCUGAUCAAAGUUUAGGUCGAAUUGAUGAUAUUGUUUGUGGAACUAAAAGUGAGGAGAUUGACAGUUUUAAAGGUCACAGUGAAAUGGAAAUGAAUGAAACUUCUGCCUGUACACAGUUAAAUGUGUCCAAAGACAGCGAACUUGUAACUGAAACAUCGAAAUGUACUGGACAGAAUUCUGAUGCUGAUGUUAACAAAUCUGAUUUGCCUAGUCAACUUGUAGAUGAAGGUGAAGAAGUGUUUCAGACAGAAAAGGAAAAUGACAAUAUGGUUCCAUUUUCUAAUUAUGGCAAAAGUGAGGCCAAUGAAGUUACUUGUGAUGAAGUACAGUCCAAACUUAAUAAUUCUGCUGAAACCUUUUCUGAAACUCAUGACAGUAUCUCAAUUUUAAACAUUUGUGAAAAAACAGAGGCUAAAUUGGCUGUUGGCUUAGAAUCAAACAGGGCAUUAAGCAAUAAAAUGAAUACAGUUAGAAGCUCAGUUCGGUUAAGAGUUGGUAGUGCAGGAUCACUCAGUGAAAGUCCAAAUACGAGUGAGUAUGAGUAUGAUCAACUUGGCUGUGAUGAUGUUGAAACAAUUGAUGAUGGUUUCUGUGAACUUGAUCAAGACUGUGUAGUUAAUGGUGGUAAAAGUAAAGAUAUCUCAGACAAUGAUAAUGUAGAUAUUGUUGACUCUGUUGUGAUCUCAAACUGGCAGCCAAAGUCCAAAUUUUCAGCGAAAGGAAGGAGGAGAGCAUUCAGCAGAGAUAAGGAAAAUGUGACAAGCUUGUGUUUUACAAACCGUAGAAAAACAAGAAGUUUGAAUAGGUUUACAGUAGAUCACAGCAUGUGUGAUUCAGAUCAGGAUUCUCUUGGUUACACAAGCCCUUAUGGUGACAUGGUCGACGGGCCUGUGGGGUUGGAUAAUGGGAAUGGAACAGUCACGAUGGUCAGUUCUGGGCGCUCAAGACCAAGAAAAAUGCCAGUCAAGUAUAAGGAUACUUCUUUCUUUCAGGGAGAUUUUGUGUUCAUUGAAGAAGAGGAAGAGUAUUUGACAACUGCAAAACCAAAAAAUAAGGCUGUGAAAAAUAUUACAUUGCCUACAGAUAUGAACCAUAAUGCGAAGAAAAAUGGACAUUUAAAGACUAGCACUAGUAAGAAAAAGGCAAACAGUAAAAGGCAAAGUAGCAAACACAGUGGGGAAUCAAGCUCCAGGAGUAAUUCCCCUUCAAAGUCCAGAAACAACUCACCUGCAAAAUCUAGAAAUUCUUCCCCACCUAAGUCAAGCCAUGUAAAUGAUUCAGUUAAAGUAUUAACAAAAGAAACAAAUAAUGUUUCAAACUUAAAGAAACAGAAAAAGAAAUUGUCUCUCGAGGUGUCUGAUGAUGAGAAAAAUAGUUCAGAUAAAGAGAAAAAUAAAGAAACUAAACCUGAAGUUGUUAAAACUAGUAAAUCAAGCCCUGAAACAAAAAGAGCUUGUGUGAAAGAUUCUGUGAAAACAAGAAAAUUGGCCAAAAAGGAACAAAAUGAGCUUGAAAAGGCCCACAACCAUCCUGCGAAGCCUGCAAGAGAAACAAAAACACAGGACAUAAAUGGAGUAAGACCUAGUCUGUCUCCAGCUGUAAUCAAGCCUUGUGAGGACUCUGAUAAUGAUAAAAAAGCUGACAAAAAUUUAGUGAAAGAAGAGGUAAUGAAAUAUGAAGAAGUAAUUGAAAUAGACUCUGAUUCAAGUGAUGGAAAUGUUGAUAAAAAGGUAGCUAUUAAUGACAUUACAGUAAAAGAUGUAAUUGAUCUUGAUUCUGACGAUUCCAAAAGUGAAACUCAGGAGAGCUGUGAGUUUAAAUUUACUCUUGUAGAGGAAAGUGUGACAGAUCUUCAUCCAAAUAUUCUUGAAUUUGAAGGUGAAGAUGUUAAAAUGAGUUCUAAAAAUUGUGAUAAAAAGAUUAGGGAAGACAGUAAAGUUAUUGAGAUGAAAAAAUCGGAGGAUUAUGAAAACAAAGCAAAAUGUGUUAAAAAUAAACAGCCAAAAGUGAAAAGAAAAUAUACAAAGAAAAAGUCAAACACAUUUGAAGACGAUGAUCCUGAUUUUGAAACCGGUCCAAAGAAACAAAAUUUUAAGUCAAUCAAGGCUCAUGAUGUGGAAUCAAAAAAAAGAAGAGAGAAAAAAGACAAAUGGGCAAACUUUAAAGGACCGAAAAUUGUUGUUGAAGGUAGUAAAGAAACUCCUGAUAAGUGUUUUGUAAUAAAUGAUCCAUUUGAUGAGAUAGACUCAAAGGGUUCCAAAAGGUCUAAGGUGGUAGCUCAAAAUGUAACAAGAAUUGAGAUCUCGCACUUGCCCUCUGAUAAGUCUGUACUCACUCCCAACAGUGACAAUUUGGACAGCGAAAAUUGGGCGUGUGCUCUUUGUGGUAAACACAGCAGUUACAAAUUCCUCGGGGACUUAUUCGGACCUUACACUGUUGAGACUAUGUCAACAGACCUGUUAGAGCUCAGUCCAAAGGUGACCUUGGGAAAUGUGAAGAAACGCAAAUCUGACGACAGCCAGGCGAGCACCAGUAAGUCCAUCCGGAGUGGCCGGCGGUCAGGCAGUGUUGCCAGGGAAACCAGCGAAUGGAAGGAGGUAUGGGUCCAUGAGAGCUGUGCCGUGUACUCAGAUGGUGUCUUUCUGAUUGGACCAAAGAUUUAUGGGCUUCAGGAAGCUGUCAGGAUUUCAAGUCAAACUCCAUGUUCGAAGUGCAAUGAAGAGGGUGCCAUGAUUGGGUGCCUUAACAAAGGCUGCCAGCAGAAAUUUCACCAUGCAUGUGCUCAGGAUUCAGACUGCUAUCUGGACGAGGAAAACUUUUCACUGCUCUGUCCAAAACACAAGAUAAAGAAGUUAAAACAGCUGGAGAGCAGUACCUCCGGGAUUGGCUGAACAUUUACCCCCCUCGCUGUCUUGAGUCAACAUUAUCCUUCUCCACUAAUACCCAGACAUAACUAGCUAGUGCAAAUUAUUGUGAAUAAUUAAGCUGCUGUUGCUGUGUUUGAGGUCGUUAAUCCCGAAAUAGUGCUUCAUAGUGGCUUAUGUGCUAGCAUGUGGUCUUAAUGGUACAUUCACAGAAUUAUGGUGUACACAUAAUGUUGACAGUUUGUAAUUGCAGGGAAACUAUGCUGUGGUUGUUGCAAUAAGAUAAUGACAGAAAUACGAUGAUCUUGCGUGAACAUUUAUAUAUCUAUUUUGAGAUAAGUGUUAACCAGGUGAUCAAACUUAGUAAGGCUUGAGAAAGAAACUCCUCUUGUCUGUGUCUAUAUGGUUGCAGCUGAGCUUUUCAGAAGUCAAGCCAUGCUCAUUGGCUCGUAAAUGGCAGGUACAAUGUUAAGUAUUUUUUGGAAAUGAAGACUGAUUAUUGAAAUUUAUACUUACAAGAAUUACUUGGGUACAGCAUAGUGUUAUACACAUUUUGUCAUGUGUUUAAGAGAGUCAUAAAUACUGAAUAUUGUCUGUUCUUUUUGUACCUUCAAAAACAAUACAGAAGUAAGGAAUAAGUCAGAAACCACUUCCUCUGAGGCAAUAUUCACUCGCAUUCUUGGUAAAAGUUGUGUCUGAUUGUUGGACUGGUUUUAGUAACAGACACACCAACAUUUAGAAAUAUUGCUCAUGUAAGAGCAAUUCUUCACCAAAAAUAAAAUAUGCUGAUUUGAGUCUGAGUGUCAAACAUAGUGAAUAUGGGUACUGUUUUCAAUGACAGGUUCUUAGUUUGAGUUUGUUAAGUUUGUGAUUAAAAAAAAAGAUUACUGGUAGGCUCUAUACUUCAUUUGUAAAUACAAUUUAUGUACAGUAAAACAUGACUUAGUAUAGGCAUUCAUACAUUUACAUGUGAUUUGUCAAUAGUCUGACAUAAUGCUAGUUGGUGUAAUUUGAUGUAAAGUGGGCAUUAGAUACAAAGUAGAAUUCACAUUGCUUUUACCGCUGAACACUGUUGUUAAUUUGUUUCCAAAGUAUACAUUGUGUAAACCAACCUUACUUUGCAAUGUAAUUUUGUGUGCUUGGACUUUUUCUUGAGUGAAAAAAAUGUGUCAAUAAAUUACCACAUAACCAGGGUUUAUUGCAGGAAUAUAUUUUUUUUUGUGCUGGCAUGUAUAUUAUGGAAGCAUUGUACAUGUUAAGUGUUUUGUACAUCAUGUUUCUAUAUCUUAAUUUGAUAAACAACUGUGAUAGAUCAUUCUGUCAAACAAAAGCGGUCCAGAUUUACCUGUUGUGGAAAGAAGCACUAGCCUGCAAGCCAGACACUGGUAAAGUCUCUGACAGGCUUAUUUGAAUUCCAAAUACAAAGCAUGGGUUAGUUAAAAUUUCGAUAGCAAUUCCAUAAUGUAAAAUAUAUGGCUUGUUGAUUUAAGGCUAAUUGGGAUAACUGUUUAUCCUAGGAUGUUUAAUGGUGCCUAUUUGUCUUGUUACAAUUUAAAUAGCAAUAAGCAAUGUAAAAUUUUGGGCUUGAUCUGGAAAUCUCUUCAAUGACUGGUUAACCUAUGAUGCUUUAUUUUGUCAUUUUUAGAAAUAUACAUGUAGGACAUCUUUGGAAUUAUUUUAUUUUUUACGACUUCUAUUAAAAUUUUGUGGUAUAAGUUGAUUUUCAGCUUGACCCGAUGGUAUUAAUAUCUAACUUGAAGGAAACCGUAUGAACAUGUUAACACAUUUUUUGUGAGACUUACUUUUAUCAGAGCCACGAAUUUCCGUUUUCUUUUUCAUUUAUCUCUCGUCGUGACAUUCAGCAAAAGUUGCACUAAUUUUUUAAGACCAUUAUUGAAGUAUUUUGUUAUAUUCUUUACUUGGACACUUGUUUCGGAGAUUUGUACAAAAGUAAGCUGUAUUUAUUCUUUGAAUUGUAAUAAAGCUGUGAUCAGUUGAAAUUUGGUUGUGCCGAAGACACCGUUAUAACUCAUUGUAAAUAGCUUGAAAGUUGUCAUGAUAUAUGUAGAGUGUUAUACAUUUGUGUUACUGUUGCGUUAAUCACUGUUUGCCAUAAUGAUUCAGAAACAGUAUCAAGAAAAGUGUUCAUUAUUAGUUGUUGCUUUUAUACUUAUUACGAAAUGGCUCAUCUUGGUAUUCCAGAAUUUUUUUCAUUCACUUUUUGAAGAUCAAAGAUGUAAAUUGUUUGAGGCAUUGAGUUUCUAUCAAGUGUAACUGCAGGGGAUAGUGUUUAACAUUUACUAAGGUCUUAUUUUAUUAUGGUUUACCUCAUUUUUGUUUUGUAAAGUGUGUUCAUAAUAGUUACUAUGUUAAAUAAAACCUAACGAAUUCAAUAAAUAAAAGGACAUUUGUUCUAAAUGAAUUACAUUAUAGUUUUGAGAACUAACAAAGCUGUGAGCUUAAAACAAAUAAAUAGAUUGUUUUUGUUUGUUUUGGUUGAAAUAUUUCUUCAUACCAUUGAAUGUAUUUCUCUGAUAAUAUUUUACAACUGUAGCAUGUCUACUCGAUAAUUCCUGCAUAGCCCAUAUGUCUAUUUGUAAACAAUGUUUCAUAGAAGCAGUUAUAAAUGCUUGAUUACGUCAACCAUAAAUGCCUUUCUUAUUAAAUAUGAAAACAAUAA